UCACACACACGAUGCGAUUGUCAAAAUAUUUUGCAAUAAUCGGUCGCGUAAUCAACAGAUUCGAGCUCCGUUUCGUCUCGUGAUAGUUGAUGGUAGAUUGAGGAGGAAUUUUAACUACAAGUGAAAAUGAGAACAAAAAAUAUGGUCCAGGAUUAGAUCGUAACAUCAUAGGCGCACACCGCAGACGCUUACGUGUCUUGCUAUGUUCCAAGGUGUUGCAGCAAAGGUGAACCAUCUAGCAGGAUAUUUGCGGACUAGUUGCUUCCCGACUGGAGGUGGUCUCACCAAAUCCUGCCAAAGACGAACCAGUUUCGCGUACCCGGAGGGAACAGCGUAUUCCAGUGCUAGCGAAAACUCUAAUCAGAACAACAAAAACAACAGGCAAAUCCAGCAGCAUCCGAAACCAGUAGGUUAUUGUCAUCAUCAUUGUUAUCAUCAUCAGUGUCGCUAUUACCAUUACGGCCGUCAUCAUCAAAACGCAGAGUCAGUCACGUUCACCGAUCAAUAUCUGCAGCAAGUGAGGCAACGAGUACAACGCUCCAUUGGACAAGUUUGCAAAUUUUGCACAAACACAAUCAGUAUGAGUUCCAAUUCGCCAUCCGGAUCAUCCGGGGAUCAGAAGCACACAAACCGAUUGAUAAAUGAAAAAUCUCCGUAUUUGUUGCAGCAUGCGCACAAUCCAGUUGACUGGUAUCCGUGGUGUCAGGAAGCAAUUGAUCGUGCCAAAGCGGAGAACAAGUUGAUCUUCCUGUCGGUUGGAUACAGCACGUGCCACUGGUGCCACGUUAUGGAGAAGGAAUCGUUCGAAAAUGAAGAAGUAGCCAAGAUCAUGAACGAAAAUUUCAUCAAUGUAAAGGUCGAUCGGGAAGAACGCCCGGAUAUCGAUAAACUGUACAUGACAUUCAUUCUGCUGAUCAACGGUUCCGGGGGUUGGCCGAUGUCGGUCUGGUUGACACCGGAUCUAGCGCCAGUCACGGGGGGAACCUAUUUUCCGCCUAAAGACCGCUGGGGAAUGCCAGGGUUUUCCACAAUUUUGCUGAAACUAAAGAACAAAUGGUUGACUGAUAGUGAAGAUCUAGCAUCAACAGGGCGUUCGAUCAUCGAUGCAAUUCAAAAAAAUGUCGAAGAGAGACACAAGGAAGAACCGGAACGCGCUUUAACAGCAGAGGAGAAGUUUAAACAGUCGAAUGCAAUUUACAAGCGCAACUUUGACCCAGUGUGGGGAGGAUCAUUGGGUGCUCCCAAGUUUCCGGAAGUAUCUAAAUUGAAUCUCAUGUUUCAUUCUCAUAUCCGAGAUCCAGCAGGAAAAAUUCUAGGUGUCGUGCUCAAUACACUGGACAAAAUGGCUGCUGGUGGAAUUCACGAUCAUGUAUUCGGAGGGUUUGCCAGGUACUCCGUGGACAAGAAAUGGCAUGUGCCACAUUUUGAGAAAAUGCUCUAUGACCAAGGACAGCUUCUGAUGGCCUAUUCAAACGGGUACAAAACGACCAAGAAACAACUCUACCUGGAUGUGGCGGAUUCCAUAUUCAACUACAUUUGUAAGGAUUUGCAACAUCCGGCUGGGGGAUUUUAUAGUGGUGAAGAUGCUGAUUCGUUACCAACUUGGGAAAGUUCUGACAAAAUUGAAGGUGCUUUCUACGCAUGGACAUACGCCGAGGUACGGGAUCUGUUAAAACCAAACUUGGACAAGUUUGGUGAUAUCGGCGAGGUAGAUCCAGUCGAUGUCUACACAGAGCAUUACAACAUUCAGGAAACCGGUAACGUAGAGCCUAGUAGCGAUCCGCACGGACACUUACUUGGUAAAAACAUUUUGAUUGUGUAUGGAUCCGUCGGUGAAACGGCUGAUAAAUGCAAAACUUCUUCGGAAGUUGUUAGUGGUAUUGUUAAAGUAGGUAACGCGAUUCUACACGAAGUACGAGAUAAACGCCCGAGGCCUCAUCUGGACACUAAGAUUAUCUGUGCCUGGAAUGGACUAAUUCUUUCCGGUUUAUCUCAACUGGCGUGCAUCAAGGAUGCGCCAAACCGUGAGAAAUAUCUCCAAGCGGCCACGAGUCUGGUAUCAUUCAUUCGUGAAAACCUCUUCGAUAUGAAAGCAAGAAAGCUACUGCGGUCGUGUUACGGUGAUGAUACUGAAAAGGCGAAGUCACUGGAACAUCCCAUUUACGGGUUCAUCGAUGACUAUGCCUUUCUUAUCAAGGGACUAACCGAUUACUAUCGAGCCUCUCUGGAUAAGAGUGCGCUUUGGUGGGGCAAAGAAUUGCAGGAAAUUCAGGAUCAACUAUUUUGGGAUCAAGUCAACGGUGCUUAUUUCUACUCGGAAGCCAACUCCUCUAACGUAGUCGUGCGAUUGAAGGAAGAUCACGACGGAGCCGAACCCUGCGGAAACAGUGUUUCCGUUCAUAAUCUUCUUCUGUUGGGAGAUUAUUUUGAGAGUGAAUCGUUCCAUGAUAAGGCGAAAAAAAUCUUGAACUACUUCUCAAAUGUAACCCCUUUCGGUUAUGUCCUACCGGAAAUGAUGUCCGCAAUGUUGUUGGAUUGCCAUGGUCGCGAUAUGUUGGUGGUUGUUGGCCCAGAUGGUCCAAGGACUGACAAUUUGAUCGAUGCGGUAAGAGAUUUCUACAUGCCUGGCUUGACUAUCGUCCGAUUGAAUUCGGUAACGCCGGAUCAACACUUGGCUGGGAAAACGCUCAAGAGUUUUAGGAUGCUUCAGGACGCUCCGACGGCUUACUUCUGUCACAACAAGGUCUGUCAAAUGCCGGUCACUGAUCCAGCGCGAUUGACUGAGGAUUUGAUACCGAAACACAUAUUCGACUAUACCGAGUACGAAAAUUGAUUUUUCGAGGCCUAAGGUUCUUCGUACGCUGAAUAGGUAAUGAAUGGAUGUUUUGUUACUAGCUAGGCAAUCGAAAAGAGGAACUGGUGGCCCUAGAUCGUGAAAAGUUGUUGGACUUGUUACAGAAUUAGAUUCAUACUAACGAUAUGUCGUUAGCUUUUAUUCGUCUCACGGUAGAACAUCAAAUGUUGGUCACAAAAAAAAGCUUAACGAGAAAAAGUGUAUAGUUCCAAAAUAACAUGGAAUAAAACAAAACGCAAUUAUACCGACAUUCUAAAUUAUCAAAUAUAGCGCACCGAAACGAACGAAUAUCAUAA